AUGUAUACGUUCAAUUAUGCACACUUCUUGUUUAAGAUUGUCUUCGAUGAAUGCCAUCGCGCGAAAAAUCUAACGCCCAGUGGGUCACAGAAACCAACAAAAACCGGCUUGACGGUACUUGAGUUGCAAAAUCGACUGCCCAAUGCACGCAUAGUUUACGCUAGUGCAACAGGUGCAACGGAACCACGCAACAUGGCAUACAUGACCCGACUAGGUCUCUGGGGUGAAGGAACUCCUUUCAAAACUUUCAACUCGUUCAUCCAGACACUUGAGCGAAGAGGUGUUGGUGCGAUGGAACUUGUAGCCAUGGACAUGAAACUUCGUGGCAUGUACAUAGCACGACAACUUAGUUUCCACGGUGUUCAUUUCACUAUCAAAGAAGUUGCGAUCGAAGAUGUUCACCUGAAGAACACCAGUUUCACUCAAGUGUACAAUCAGUCGGCAGAUCUGGUAAGUACAACGAGGCAUAAUUUCUUCUGGUUAAUUAUCCAUACAAUCACCGACCCUAUACUUUCUUACUACUGGGUCUAUGCUUACCGAUUCUUCUCUGAAGCAUCCCGUCUACUAAACCUCACGGACCGAUACAGAAAAACAAUGUGGGGCCAGUUUUGGUCAGCACAUCAGCGGUUUUUCAAAUAUUUGUGUAUCGCUGCAAAAGUGGACGCUUGUGUGGAAUUGACGAAAGCUGCCGUCAGCGAGGGCAAGUAUUCUAUCACAUAUUUACUCAUUGUUCAUGACUAUUCGGAAUCUUUUUCUCAGUGCGUUGUCAUCGGUCUUCAAUCGACCGGGGAGGCGAAAACACUCGAACAAGUCGAAGAAUUGGGUUCCGAUCUUGGCGACUUUGUGUCUACCACGAAGGGUGUAUUCCAAUCACUGGUUGAAAAAUACUUCCCUACUCCGAGUAAUUUGGAAAACUUUGUUCAACGUGGUGACCGACUAGCCAGUGCUGGAGACCGCAGCUCGCACACCACACUGAGUCGCGCUGGACGUGCAGUAGCUGGUGGUCAAGGCAGUGGUCUUGGAUUGAAAGAUAUUCUUGGAGAGAAAAUGCUUGCAAAAUUGGUUGCCGGUGGUAGUUUAUCGGGUUCCACUCUCGACGGUGAACGUGAUGAGGAAGAACAAUCUAAACCGGGAGGCAAAGGAUCCCCAGAUUCGGAUGACGAGGAUGAUGAUGACAAGUCUGACGAAUCUGGUGAUGAUGAUUCUGACACGGGAACUGAUGUUAAAUCUAACGGUUUGGGGUCGAAAUCUGGUCGACAUUCUUCAUCAUCAGACUACUAUGAUUCUGAUCUAGAGUUGAAUUCUUCGACAGGAACAAAACGUGUGGCAAAGAAAGGAAACAAUAAGAAGACAAAUCACAGUUCCCGACGCAAGCUACGACAAGGAAAUGACGGCAGUUCGUCGAAUGAUGCUUCAGACAAUUCUGAUGAUGACUGCGAUCCUGAUGCCCUGUUUGAUAGUUUCAUGGCCAGGAAUGCUUUCUGGUCGCAUGAUCAUUCUGAUGUUUCAUCUGACGGCAAAAUAAAACGAUCCAGUGGAUUAAACCACGAUUUCCUUGGAGAUGACUCGAUGCGCGAACUAUCUCGUAAAUACUUCUUCCGUCGUGAUUCGCCCAGUGAGGUCGAUGGAGUGGCCAGCAACUCGUCCGGUCUCUCACCAGAAGAGGCAAAGCGCCAGUGUACUGAAAUGCAGAAUCUUUUGCUUCGGUUCAUUGAAAAACUUGGUGCAAAGCUGCCCCCAAGCUCGUUAGAUGAACUGAUUGACAAACUGGGUGGUCCUUCGUGUGUGGCAGAAAUGACUGGACGUAAAGGCCGGAUGGUCAUGGGUGAGGAUGGACGUGUUACAUAUGAGUCGCGUCGCGAAUUCGAUGUGAGUUUGGAAAUCCUCAAACUCACUGAGAAGCAGCGCUUCAUGGACGGCGAAAAACUUAUUGCGGUCAUUUCAGAAGCUGCGAGCAGUGGUAUUUCUCUACAAGCUGAUCGUCGAGCCAUAAACCAACGCCGUCGUGUACAUAUCACGCUGGAGUUACCAUGGAGCGCAGACCGAGCUAUUCAACAAUUCGGUCGGACGCAUCGCUCAAAUCAAGUUAGCGCUCCAAUGUACAUAUUCUUAAUAUCCAAUCUAGCCGGUGAGCAGCGUUUUGCCUCGACUGUAGCAAAGCGCCUAGAAUCACUCGGUGCGCUAACACACGGUGAUCGACGGGCAACAGACACUCGUGAUUUGUCCCAAUUUAAUAUCGAUACGAAAUUAGGUCGGGAAGCGUUGGACAUUGUUCUGCGCUCUUGUUUGAACGGUGAAGAAGGUAUUGUCGAACCGCCGUUGCAUUAUGUAUCCCAGUUGGCAGAUAAUGAUCCGGACGACCCCUCUAAUCGGUUUUUCAUGGACAUGAAAGCUAGUCUUCAAGGCGUCGGUUUAGUGGCUGGCAGGAGUAGAGAAAAAGAUAGUGGACAAAUGUCUAAAUUUUUAAACCGAAUGCUUGGUCUACGUGUGCAUAUUCAGAACGCCCUAUUCCGCUACUUUUCCGACACCUUGGAGGAGCUAACUCGACGUGCCAAGCGGGAUAAUCGUCUCGACCUGGGUAUCAUGGAUCUUGGUACGAGUGGACAAAAUAUGGAGAUCGUAUGGACCAAAAGUUUUGACACUUGGUUUCUUUCAGACAAGACGCAAGUUCAUUUGCAUAAAGUCACAGCCGAACGUGGACUUACAUGGGCUGCCGCGAUGGAAAUAUACACACAACACGAUGGUGUUAACGAUGGAUUUUAUUUGCCUGUCGGUGCAAACUCGAUGCGUGUAGUUAUCCCGAUACUAGCUGUGUACUUAAAAUCCAGACCCAGUGCACGUCUGUCUGGUGGUAAAACAGAGACAAAAUACUAUCGGAUUUACCGUCCCAAUACGGGCUUACAGUCACGCCCAAUGGAGUUGGAAAAGUUACUUGAACGCUAUAAUCGUGUUUCCAACCCGUCUGAUUGUCAAGAUGCAUGGCAUCGAGUGUGUAAAGAGAGCGCGACCAGAUGCAUUCACAUGCUUCAGCACAAUAUGUGUCCUCGAGCUGCUCAGCAACGUACGGUAUGUGAAGUUGGUCUCCGAGUUCGGACCUAUUACGUGCUGAGUGGCUCUGUCCUAAAUGUGUGGGCCCAAAUUGAGCCACUUCUUCAGGGUCGUUCCAGCCAGGAUCGUUGUAUGCAGGUUGUUCGUUUGAAGUCGAAAGAUGGCAGUCGCAUAAUUGGUUCUCUGAUCCCACCGGAAUGCGUAGAAGAUGUACUAAACUGUCUUUCAUCCCCACCAGGGCCGCUUCAGCUCGCUGCCCUACAUGAUAUCCCGUUCGGGAAGACUCCACCACAAAACAGAAUGACUGGCAUUCCUCGAACUGCACAGUACCGUAUGCCGAUUGGGUCAAAUUCAAGCAUGUCAACUUUCCAGCGUCAGCGCUCCUGGCAACGACGAGCCGCGCCUUAUCAUCCGCGUGGGUCACAUUUAUUCAAUCGUGGAUACCAUCCUAGCAAUCAGACUGCAUUCGGGAUGAGAGACCCUAGUCAAUUCGCUAUUCGGCCGCGAGGGUCCCUUCCUCCUGGUUAUGCAUCCAAUCUGAACUCAGCGCUACAUCGUCCCGGGACACCGACACAUUUUCCAAGAUACGGACCUUUGUUAGGAUCACAAGCUAAUCGUUUUAAUGCAAAUGAUCCUCAUAACAAUCCGUCAGCUUUUGGUGGGCCUCGGUUAGGUGCUCGAGUGCCGUUCACCGGUUCGGGUUACUCACUGCCCACAAGUUAUUCCAGUCCGUCUCUCAUUCAGUCGUUGCCGUCUGGGUUAUCCGGAAUGGAUUUGCCACGAGCUGACAUUGGAUCAUCGAAUCCUCGUCGUCCAGGCAGCCGUCUGAACGCUGCUUUAUCUAUACCCCUUGAUACACCUAAUCCUACCACAAGGCUGAAUUCAAACCAGCAAUUUGGCCAGGUAGAGGAACAACACAUACCGACAACCUCAAACAGUUCAUUCUCCAAUGCAAUUGUGCCAACGAAUUCUGUCCUCCCGAGAAAUGAUACUCGGAUUGCACCGGCAUCCACCGACCCGCCCGAUUCGAACAAACGUGUACCCAAUAAGAUGACCAAAUUCAAGAUUAAGUGGAAAGAGGGGUGA